GUGCUCAAAGAUGCUCAAAGUGAUUCUCACUGCCCACCUCUUGCUUUGCUAUAGCUCGUUGAGCUGCCAAUGAUCGGCAAUGGCAGAGCUGGACGUCGUAGCCACUCCUGGCUUUAAAGUCCUCUCGAACUUUGAGCGAGGCUAUGGCUUUUGGACCACCGAGGGAGUUCCACCCCUUCGAAGAUGGUGGCCUUCUGCAGAACACUAUUUCCAAGCAGGAAAAUUUCAGGAUUUUGAGAUUCAAGAAAAGAUUCGCGUUGAACUUGAGCCCGGUGUUGCCAAACAUUUAGGUCGGACUUGUGGUCCGCUUCGUCCUGACUGGGAUCAGAUCAAACGUGAUCGACUUAAGCAAGCCCUGAUAGAGAAGUUCUGGGCACAUCCAGAGGCACGCACUUUGUUGCUAAGCAUCCCAGAGAACACACGAAUCGUCUUUGGUAGCAAGGUGGAUCCCUUUUUCGGAGUGGGGCCGGAUGGGUGUGGCCAAAAUGUCAUGGGCGCAGAGUUGCAGAAUCUCCGGCUAUUUUUUUCACACCACCAUCGUCGGCGACAAGUCUUAGUGACGGUGGGAGAUAUUGGUGAACCCUUCGAGCCUCAAAGUCUUUUUGUUGAUGUCACAGGUGCAGAGCCUGCGGAAGUUGCUGGCUUGGUGUGUGAUGCUUUGGGAGUUGUACAUGAUGGAGUGGACGAUUUGGACUUUGUUUAUGAUGAUGGCUUCGAAAGGUGUUCCGUUACAACACUUGGCACUGCAGAGCAGAUGGAUCACUUUCUCCAGCAGCAUGACGACUGCAAACUGGAAGUGAGAGUGAUGCAGGUUGGGGUGAUCACCCUGUGGAAUGGAACCGAUGAUAGCUACCUUGCUCGUGCUGAUGUGAGUCAUUUGUCCCGCACUGCAUUGAGUGUCAGGCAGCGCUUGGAGUCUUUGCUUCCUGUGCUGAUCCACAAAGAAUUCAAUCCACAUGUAAGUUUCAGUAUUGAUGGUUCAUCAGAUCAGCUGCUGUCGGAGCAACACAUGGAAAGUAUUCGCAAGGCAGCACAAGAGGGUGCUGACGUGAUAGUCAGCGGCCACUAUGAAAUCCCAGGUAUCCCAGAUCAAUGCCGCCCUUUGAUUCCCUUGCCUCAAGUGGGGGAUGUAGAGCCAUCAUUUCUUCCGGUUCACAGCGACCUGCCUUCUGCAGAGCUGUCGGAUAAAAUCCGCGGAUUGAUUUGGGGAGCUGCUUUGGGGGACGCCGUUGGCCUGUCCACUGAGUUUAUGGAGAAAUCAGAAGCAGCCAGAGCAUACCCGGAACCCACCAGACUCAGUCCAGCUUCUCGUAUUGAAGAUAGGCAUAGAAAGCGUUGGGACCAAGGAGAUUGGACAGAUGACACGGACCAAAUGAUACUUUUACUGGAUGCAAUCAUUGAAGGACGUGGUCUUCUUAGCACCACCACCUUUGCGAAAGCAUUGAAACGAUGGCGCAACGGUGGCUUCCCUGAGCUUGGGGAUUCAUCUGGACUUGGAGUUGGACAAACGGUCAACUCUGUCCUGGAGCAUCCGGCUUUUCUCAUCGCUCCAGACGUUGCGGCGGACAUAUCUGGCGCCAAAGCGGCUGUUCGCUGGCAGCCAAUGGUGCCAUCAUGCGAUGUGCAGCUGCUGGCAUUUUCUGCUUUUGGAAUGAGAAGCUUGUGAAAUACAAUGCGGCAGCAUCAGCAUCCGUCACGCAUGCAGACCCCAGAUGCAUCAGCAGCUGCGUUUGCAUUGCCCUGCUGUUGGCAAAAAUCCUGGCAGGACAUGGGAUUUGCGCCACGGAUCAGCGCAGAGAGCUGGCUCUGUCUGUUGCGCUUCAAGCCAGCGAGUUCUUGGAAGGCCAUGAUGUCGAUGAGCUUUUGCGAUCCGUUGAUGUUGAGAUGGACGGCUUGGAGUCGUUGAAGCUUUCUACUGGUGGCAUCGGCUACACUUACAAGCCCCUGGGAGCUGCCAUGUGGGCCUUCAUUUAUUCCGAUGACUUUAGAACAGCUCUGCAAGCGAUCACAAUGCAAGCAGGUGAUGCUGAUUCAAACGCGACUGUUGCUGGAGCCUUGCUAGGUGCUAGGCUGGGCUUCUCGCAGUUACCACCAGAUUGGCUCCAAGAGCUUCCUCAGCUCCAAACAGAAUGGCUGCGGCAGAAGGUCGGCAAUUGCUUAGCCAUGUUGAACCUCGAGCCCACCAAGUGAAACAGCAAAUGGAAUGAAAUAGAUUGAAUAUAUUGAAAUAGGCUGCCUUCAAGUCAGUAUGCAUUGCCUCUUUGUUCUGGCUUUUGCAAAUCAGUGCAAGCCCCUGAGAAACUUCAGGGGGGCCUUCAGCCUAUCACUUGAGUGCUUGCAAAA